AGAGGAAGUCCUGCUGAGCCGCGUCCUCCGUCCCGGUCCUGAGUCCUGGAUCCCGAUCCUCGGUCCCGGUCCUGAGUCCUGGAUCCCGAUCCUCGGUCCCGGUCCUGAGUCCUGGAUUCCGAUCCUCGGUCCCGGUCCUGAGUCCUGGAUUCCGAUCCUCGGUCCCGGUCCUGAGUCCUGCCGGAGCCGCUCCUCCAUCUUUGAGCCCAGCCGCCGCUGGAGGAGGAAGAGGAAGAGGAAGAGGAGGACGAGGAUGCGGAUCUGGACCCGGACCUGAACCUGAACCCUGGACACACGAUCAGUGAUGGAGCGACUGCUGUUCCUCGUGGUUCUCCACGUUCUCCCGUCCCUCGUGGUUCCCGUCCAGAACUCGUCCACUGGAGGCUGCGCCAUCAUCCGACCGCCGAGGGACGGAGGGAUCCGCUACCGAGGCCUGACCCAGGAGCAGAUCCGCAGCGUCCAGAUCCUGCCGGUGGACUACGAGAUCGAGUACAUCUGCAGAGGGAACCGGGUCAUCGUGGGACCCAAGGUCCGCAAGUGUCUUCAGAACGGGACCUGGACCGACAUGAGCCUGCACAGCAGAUGCUUGCUGCUGUGUCCCCGGGUCUGGACGUCCCUGGAGAACGGCCGGGUCUGGGCGCGGCCCCCCGGCCCCCCGGUGGAGGGAACCGUUCUGCACUACAGCUGCAACGCCGGGUUCCUGCUGGAGGGGCGGAACCUGUCCCACUGCACCAAGCUGGGCAAGUGGGACGCCCCCAAACCCACCUGUCUCUACGACAGGAACUACACAGGGAAGAAGAAGCUGUACAUCGGGGCGCUGUUCCCCAUGAGCGGCGGCUGGCCGGGGGGGCAGGCCUGCAUGCCGUCCGCCCAGAUGGCCCUGGACCUGGUCAACAACCGCAGCGACAUCCUGCCCGACUACGAGCUGGAGCUCAUCCACUACGACAGCAUGUGUGACCCCGGCGAAGCCACCAAGCUGCUGUACGACCUGCUCUACACGGAACCCAUCAAGAUCGUGCUGAUGCCGGGCUGCAGCGGCGUCUCCACCCUGGUGGCCGAGGCGGCGCGCAUGUGGAACCUCAUCGUGCUGUCCUACGGCUCCAGCUCCCCGGCGCUCUCCAACCGCCAGCGCUUCCCCACCUUCUUCCGCACCCACCCGUCCGCCACGCUGCACAACCCCACCCGGGUGCAGCUGUUCCAGAAGUGGAAGUGGACCCGGAUCGCCACCAUCCAGCAGACCACCGAAGUCUUCACCUCCACCCUGGAUGACCUGGAGCAGAGGGUGAAGGAGGCGGGCAUCGAGAUCAGCGUCCGCCAGAGUUUCCUGACUGACCCUGCAGUGGCUGUGAAGAACCUGAAGCGUCAAGACGCCCGAAUCAUCGUGGGUCUGUUCUACGAGACCGAGGCCAGGAAGGUGUUCUGCGAGGUCUUCAAGGAGAAGCUGUUUGGGAAGAAGUACGUCUGGUUCCUGAUUGGCUGGUACGCCGACAACUGGUUCAAGAUCAAAGACCCGGCGGUGAACUGCUCGGUGGAGAACAUGACGGAGGCGGUGGAGGGUCACGUGACCACGGAGAUCGUCAUGCUGAACCCGGAGACGGUCCGCGGCGUGUCCAACAUGACGUCUCAGGAGUUCAUCUCGGCCCUGAUGUCCCGGCUGGGGGGGAAGAACCCGGAGGAGACCGGCGGGUUCCAGGAGGCCCCCCUGGCCUACGACGCCGUCUGGGCCCUGGCUCUGGCCCUCAACAAGACCGUGCCCCCCCUGAAGGCCCGGGGCCGGCGCCUGGAGGACUUCAACUACAACAACCACGACAUCACCGCCGAGAUCUACCGCGCCCUCAACACCAGCUCCUUCGAAGGCGUGUCGGGCCAGGUGGUGUUCGAUGCCCAGGGCUCCAGGAUGGCCAUGACGCUCAUCGAGCAGCUUCAAGGCGGCAGCUACAAGAAGAUUGGAUACUACGACAGCUCCCAGAAGAACCUGUCCUGGUUUGGGAACGACGUCUGGAUCGGCGCCGGCCCCCCCGCCGACCGCACCGUGGUCAUCGAGGAGUUCCGCUUCCUGUCCCAGAAGCUCUUCGCUGCCGUGUCCGUCUUCGCCGGUCUGGGGAUCCUGCUGGGAGCCGCGUGUCUGUCCUUCAACAUCUACAACGGCAACGUCCGGUACAUCCAGAACUCGCAGCCCUACCUGAACAACAUGACGGCCGCCGGCUGCAUGAUGGCUCUGGCCGCCGUCUUUCCUCUGGGCAUCGAUGGACACCAUGUCCACCGCUCACAGUUCCCCGUCGUCUGCCAGUUCCGCCUCUGGCUGCUGGGUCUGGGCUUCAGUCUGGCCUACGGCAGCAUGUUCACCAAGAUCUGGUGGGUCCACACCCUGUUCACCAAGAAGGAGGAGAAGAAGGAGAGGAAGAAGCAGCACCUGGAGCCCUGGAAGCUCUACGCCACGGUGGGAGUCCUGCUGGCCGUGGACUUCCUGUCCCUGAUGGUCUGGCAGAUCGUGGAUCCUCUGCACAUCACGGUGGAGAAGUUCACUAGAGAAGCUCCUAAAGAGGAUCUGGAUGUUCUGAUUCAGCCGCUGCUGGAGCACUGCAGCUCCCAGAAGAUGAACACCUGGCUGGGUGUGGUCUAUGGCUAUAAGGGCCUGCUGCUCCUCCUGGGGAUCUUUCUGGCCUAUGAGACUAAAUCUGUUUCCACGGAGAAGAUCAACGACCACCGGGCCGUCGGCAUGGCGAUCUACAACGUGGCUGUCCUGUGUCUCAUCACGGCCCCGGUCACCAUGAUCCUGUCCUCGCAGCAGGACGCGUCCUUCGCCUUCGCCUCGCUCGCCGUCGUCUUCUCGGCCUACAUCACCCUGGUGGUUCUCUUCGUUCCCAAGAUGCGGCGCCUGAUCACGCGGGGCGAGUGGCAGUCGGAGCAGCAGGACACCCUGAAGACCGGAUCGUCCACCAACAACAACGACGAGGAGAAGUCCAGACAGCUGGAGAGGGAGAACCGCGAGCUGCAGAAGAUCAUCCAGGAGAAAGAGGAACGCGUCUCGGCGCUGCGGAACCAGCUGGCAGAGCGCCAGGCGCUGCGCAGCCGCCGCCGGCCGUCCUCGGGCCAGAACCAGAACCACAACGCCUCCCAGCCGGACCCCAAGUCCCUGCUGCCCCCCCCCGGGUACCCCAACCCCCCCACGGACAACCACUCCUUCUCCAACUCCUCCGCCCUCUACCCGGCCGACAGCAAGAUGAGCCGCAACCACUGCCACAACAGCCAGAUCCCCCUGCUCUACAAGUAACGGGGCUGGGGGGGGGCUCUGGGCCGGGGGGGCUCUGGGCCGGGGGGGGGUCACCAAGCACACCGGGAGGCACACGUUCACUUUGUUUCUGUGCGACGAGCACAUCGGUGUAGUGACACUGUCUACCACCAGGGGGCGUUUCACAGCUCAACGCCCCCACAUGACGCCCCCCCCCCCACACACACACACACACACACACACACACACACGGACAGACACACACAGACACACACACACACACACACACAGAUCAUCCCCCCCUCGCCACCCCUCCACCCCCACCGGGCCCGCAGUGUGGAGCUGGGACUUUUGUGUUUGCUGUUUGAUCUCAGCCUGGCCCCGCCUCCAGAGGUCUGGCCCCGCCUCCAGAGGUCUGGCCCCGCCUCCAGAGGGAUGGCCCCGCCUCCAGAGGUCUGGCCCCGCCUCCAGAGGGAUGGCCCUGCCUCCAGAGGUCUGGCCCCGCCUCUGGUGGUCUGGCCCCGCCUCCAGCAGUGUGGCUCCACCUCCAGAGGUCUGGCCCCACUUGUGGAGGUCUGUCCCCGCCUCCAACGGUCUGGCCCCGCCUCUGGUGGUCUGGCCCCACCCCCAGUGGGCGGGGCCUCGGCCCUCAUGGUGGUUUCUCUCGUUCUGUAAUGUUUGAGCUGUUUCGUCUUGCAGUCGUCGUUUUGUUCUUCGUCACUCUUCAGGAAAGUCGUUCAGAUUCACUCAGACGGACGCAGCGCCACAUUCCGGUUCGUUCCGGUUCGUUCCGGCUCUGUUU